AUGGUUUCUUCCCUUCUCGCUCUCGGCGCCUUGGUCGCCUCCGCCGUUGCUGCUCCCCUCGAUGCCCUUGCCAACUGUACUUUCACCGAUGCGGCCUCGGCCAUCAAGGGCAAGAAUAGUUGCCAAACCAUCGUCCUCAAGGACAUUGCCGUGCCCGCCGGUACCACUCUUGACAUGACGGGCCUCAAGUCCGGCACCCACGUUACUUUCCAAGGCAAUACCACCUUUGGCUACACACUGUGGACGGGCCCCCUCAUCUCCUUCUCCGGCUCCAACAUCAUCAUUGACGGCACCAGCGACCACGUCAUCGACUGCCAGGGCCAGCGCUGGUGGGACGGCAAGGGGGGCAACGGCGGCAAGGUCAAGCCCAAGUUCUUCUCGGCCCAGAGCCUCAAGAACUCCAUCAUCAGGGGCAUCAACGUCCUGAACACCCCCGUCCAGGCCUUCUCUAUCAACAGCGUCACCAACCUCAGCGUCUACGACGUCACCCUCGACAACUCCCUCGGCGACACCCAGGGCGGCCACAACACCGACGCGUUCGACGUCGGCUCCUCCAACGGCGUCUACAUCUCCGGCGCCGUCGUCAAGAACCAGGACGACUGCCUCGCCAUCAACUCGGGCACCAACAUCACCUUCACCGGCGGCGACUGCUCCGGCGGCCACGGCCUCUCCAUCGGCUCCGUCGGCGGCCACAGCAGCAACGUCGUCGACACCGUCCUCAUCUCCAACUCCAGGAUCUCCAACUCGGCCAACGGCGUCCGCGUCAAGACGGUCUACCGCGCCACCGGCUCCGUCUCCAACGUCCAGUACAAGGACAUCGCCCUGUCCAACAUCGCCAACUACGGCAUCGUUGUCGAGCAGGACUACGAGAACGGCAAGCCAACCGGUCACCCCACCGACGGCGUCCCCAUCACCAACCUCACCCUCAGCAACGUCACCGGCACCGUCGCCUCCUCCGCCAUCGACGUCUACAUCCUCUGCGCCACCGGCGCCUGCAGCGACUGGACGUGGACCAACGUCAGCGUCACUGGCGGCAUAAGCUACCCCAACUGCACCGGCAUUCCCGAGGGCAGCGGCGCUGCUUGCUGA